AUGUCUGACACAGAAACAUCCUCCUCCGACGAUUCUAGUUAUCAUGAUAGCUCUGACGAAGAUGAGGAGCCUAAAUUGAGUUAUGAGCGGUUAACGGAUAGUUUCUCAGAGUGUUUUGCUCAAGACUCAAUUUCCGCUUCUCUUGUUACGAAAGAGUUUUAUAUUUUUGGUUCACACAAUGGCAUUCUUUACUUGUUUCGUCGAGACUAUACGUUAUUUCGCAAGCUUAGGUUUCAUACCGCCAGUAUUAUGGACAUCGACUGCGAUCUGGAGGGCGAAGUUGUCGCUACUUGCUCUAUGGACGGCAAGAUUGUCAUAUUCAACAUUUCUUCGAGAGAAACAAGCGUUCACGACUAUAAAAGACCAUUACUCAGUGUUUCAAUAGAUCCAUACUAUUCGGGUCGUUCCUCUAGACAAGUCGUCUCCGGCGGACGUGCUGGUCAAUUGGUUUUGACUGAAAAGGGAUGGCUUGGAAGUAAAAACAUAAUACUCCAUCAGAAUUGUGGUACUGUGUAUAAAGUUUCAUGGCAUAAGCACUUCAUUGCUUGGGCGAGUGAAGACGGUGUACGCAUUUACAGCACAGAAUUCGGUCAACACCUCCGUUUCCUACAUAAACCGAAGCGGCGUGCGAAUGAACAACUGUUCCCUUAUCGCUUUCACUGGCAAUCGGAAUCAAGACUAUUAGUCGGAUGGGCUGAGUACAUCACAAUUAUUACCAUUGAGCCAGCUCAAACAGCAGGUGAACUUCCUAUUGCACAGGUAGAAGCAAUGCUUGAGCUUGACUGUAUUGUAAGUGGUCUGUCUAUGAUUGGCGGUAAUUAUUUGGUUCUGGCGUUUGUUGCCGAUGCCGAUGCAUUUGCAAUGAAUGACACUUCUAAACUUCAAGAGCCUUCACGACCAGAAAUUCGUUUGAUCGAUGAAGAUUUUCAGGAAGUUUCCGGAGAUGCACUUGGCUUAAACAGUUAUGCGAAAUUGAGGCCUCUCGACUACAUACUCUCCAACGAUAUGAGCGAGUCUGGUGACGUUUAUGUUGUUUCUCCUACAGAAUACGUUCGUGUUCGUGAACGAAAUGAGAUUGACCAUGUCGUUUACCUCCUUAGCAAGGAACGGUAUUCAGAGGCUAUAGAUAUUGUUCAAACCUUAAAAGAGGUUCCACCUAAUCUGGAGCUUCGUACUCUAGGAAAACGCUAUAUAAAUCAUCUUGUGCACAAGAACGACUACAAACAGGCUGCCAGUAUAAUUGCAUCCUUGUUCAAAAAUGACAUGACCUCUUGGGAAAAGUGGGUCUUUAUUUUUGCUGAACGCGAUCACUUGAUGGAUCUGGUAGACUAUUUGCCUCUUGGAGAACAACAUCUAAGCUCAUUGGUAUAUGAAAUGGUGCUGGCAUACGAGUUGGGAAGCUCGGAAACAAAGCUGCUUCAUUCUUUGAAAACAUGGCCUUCGGCUUUAUACAAUGCGUACACCGUCAAGGAUACAGUUCUUGAACGUUUUAAGCAAGAUACUGAGAAUCAAAUCCUUAUUGAGUGUUUGGCCAUUUUGAGCAUGGAAACGAAAUCGCCAAAGGACGCAUUCCAUUACUAUUUGAAGCUGAAGAGGCAUGAGGCAAUCCAAAUUCUUUCUCAGUACAACUUCUAUUCGGAGGCAAAGAACAAUGUUGCUGCGUUACUAAGUAUUCCACACGAAGAUACCAAUGAAGGUGAUGCUAAUCCUCUUGUUUUGGACAUGCUGGUGCAACACACGCACACGUUUGAACUCGUAAGUGUUAUCGAUCAAUUAAAAGAUUGCCCUUCACUACUCUUUUCCUAUUAUUGUGCUUAUGAGAAUGUGUAUCCUAAUUCGCUGUCUGAGUAUGGAGACAGCAAACUGGAACUGUUUGCAAAGUUUGAUCGCAAACGCUUCUCUCGUUUUUUAGAAGAAAACCAGUGUUACUCUUUGGACCAUGCUGUGGAAGUCUGCCGAGAGUAUAAUUAUCUAGAUGAACUCGUGUUCGUAUUAACACGUAUGGGAAGUAACAAAAAGGCAUUGAUGCUUAUUAUUAAUCAACUCUACGACGUUGGUCGAGCUAUUCAAUACGUAAAGGAACAGGCGGAUCAAGAAUUAUGGGAAGUUUUGAUUGCAUACUCUAUGGACAAGCCCGAGUUUAUUAAGACUCUUGUUGAAAAUAUUGGCACAGACAAAAAUGCUAUUGAACUAAUUCGUCGGAUUCCCGCAAAGGUUGAGGUUUCGAGUUUAAAAUCGUCUGUCUUGAAGUUACUUGCGGACCACGAAACCCAGCACUCACUAUAUUCAGCAUGUGAUCAUCUAUUUAAGAGUGAAGCUUUGCAUUACGCAGACAUAAGUCAUGAUCAAGCAACAAAAGGUUUACUAUUAAAGGUAGACCCUGUUAAUAACUGCAAUCUGUGUGGCCUGGAUUUGUGUAGCACAGAAAAGCAAUUUGGUUCUGCAUCCAUUGUGUACGACCCAUCAACGAAAUCAUUUUCACAUUACAAUUGUUUUCAGCAUCAAACACAGUCAGUCCACGAAGAUGAAUCUAUACUGGAAAUAUGA